GAUUGGCUGCUGUCUCUCCCCAAGGGGCUGCUUUGUAAGUCUAGAAGGGGUGGUGCUAAACAGCCCAGAGCAGAGACUUUGACUUAAUCUAGCUGCAGCUCACUUCAUCCCACCGAUAGGGCCAGUUACUAACACAUAGGCUUGGAGAGAACAGAUUUGCUUUCACAGGAACAGACUGCUUCUGAGCGGCAGGUGUUGGCUACUUGACUUGGGCAGGAUCUGGCUUCCAUCAACAUCCAGUGGCAACCUAGUCUCACGUGCCUUCUGGUGAAGAAUUAAGGGGAGUGUCUGUGAGCCAUGAUGUCACUCUGUCAGUGGAAUGCCCUGGGCACAGGGCUGCUAGUUCUGAUGCUGGGCUGGGCACUAGCCACAAGUCAGGAGUAUGACUACUACAGCUGGCAGUCAGACAACUUCCAGCAUGGACGCUUCUACACCAAGCAGCCACAGUGUGUGGACAUCCCUGCUGACUUGCAGCUCUGUCACAAUGUGGGCUACAAGCGCAUGCGCCUACCUAACCUGCUAGAUCAUGAGUCUAUGCCUGAGGUCAAGCAGCAAGCCAGCAGCUGGGUGCCCUUGCUGGCCAAGCGGUGCCAUUCAGACACGCAAGUGUUUUUGUGUUCUCUCUUUGCACCUGUCUGCCUGGACCGGCCCAUCUAUCCAUGCCGCUCUCUUUGUGAGGUUGUGCGUGACUCAUGUGCACCUGUCAUGGAAUCCUAUGGCUUCCCAUGGCCUGACAUGCUCAGCUGCAACAAAUUCCCCUUUGACAACGACCUGUGUAUCACCGUGCAGUUUGGAAACAGCCAGGCUACUCAACCACCAGUGUCCAAGAUCUGCACCCAAUGUGAGAUGGAGCACAAAGCAGAUGGCAUAAUGGAGCAGAUGUGUUCCAGUGAUUUUGUGGUGAAGAUGCGUAUCAAGGAGAUCAAGAAAGAGAAUGGGGAGAGACGUUUGGUGGCUGCUCAAAAGAAGAAAAAGCUACUUAAAGUGGGGCCACUGAAGCGCAAGGACACCAAGAAGCUGGUGCUACAUAUGAAGAAUGCAGGCGCUUGCCCCUGCCCCCAGCUUGAUGACCUCAGCGGCAGCUUCCUGGUGAUGGGUCGGAAGGUGGGUGGGAGACUGCUGGUCUUGGCCAUUUAUCGCUGGGAGAAGAAGAACAAAGAGAUGAAGUUUGCUGUCAAAUUCAUGUUCUCCUACCCCUGUUCCAUGCAUUAUCCCUUCUUCUAUGGGGCAGAGCCCCACUGAAUUGUCACUCAUUCUGAGAGUCUUGGUCCUUCUCACUCACAACACUACAUACCCUUUCCUUCUUCUAUGAGCAUCCACAUCAGGCCCAUCCACUCGAAGUGCCCAUCCCUAAGGAUUCUUCCUUCGGUAGUGCAAACUUCACAUAGCUCCAGAUCUUCAUGAGAGCUCUGUCCAUCUUGCUGCUCCUUAACACUAGAGAACUUGCAGAACUACCUUCAUCUUGAACACCUGGGAACUAAGAGCAGGUGUAACAACUCUUCAGUCCCAGUUCCUCUAAUAGCAGUUGAAUUGCCCAGGAUUUUAGCAAGAACAUAAUAGCUGCAAAUGUUUAUAGCUACCUAUUGUUAAUUCCUAUGACUGAGCAGAUCAAGAUGGGUAGCCAUGUUAGUCUGUCUGUAGCAGCAGAAAAGAGCAAGAGUUCAGGAGUACCUUAAAGAUUAACAUGUGGCAGGGUAUGAGUUUUUGUCAGUCACUGCUCACUUUUUCAGAUACCUGAAGAAGUGAGCAGUGACUCAUGAAAGCCCAUAUGACUGAGCAAUCUAAGAUCAGGGAAUAUAAUGAGCAGGAUUAUCUAUGCUCUGACCUUUCUAGUUAUUAAUUUGUAUAGUUCUUUUAAGUUUUGCAUAAAAUUUUGCUUGCUCUAAAAAGAUUUUAGACUGUCAGGACCAGCUGUGCUGCUGGAACAAUAAUGUCCAACUAGAAUGUCAUUGAACUGACAAUCCCUGAUUUUGGCGUCUUUGACCCCAAGUCAAGCAAAAUUUCAAGAAGCUUGACAGUUUUACCAUACUUACAUAGUGGAAUUGAGAUAGAUGUAAUAUGUUUUAACUAAAGAUGCCCUUUAGCUAUCACACGAUAAUUUAUUAUCCUAUUCACACACACACACACAGGGUCUUCAUCAUUGCUUUGAAUUAUAGGAACAUAACUCAGGCAGUUUUUUUUUCACCCUUAAAAACACUCUAAGCAAUUUCAAGUGAGUAGCAAGGCUAUAGCAUGAAAGCUACCUGCUCCCAGAGUGCUCAUGUAAAUGCUAAGGCAUGGUGUCUUAUAAACCAAUGGAAUUUAAGUCAUCUAUAAAUGUUAAUUCUUCAUGGCCCUAGAUGAGAAAUAUUCUCAUAUAAACUUCCCUAGAUGAGGAACAUCGCUGAAAGUGGGGCUCCAUCAAUUUCUGUCUCUGUCUUUUGUACUCGCCUGUUUCUAGUUUGUAGAAAUGCUGCUACUCUACAAAGUGCUACUACAAACUGUUACUGGAGCGCAAGUCUAUCCUGUAUGCAUUCCAGUGAGGAUGCCAAACCAGCAACUGGGUGGUUGUGUUCUCCAGCCAGGACGCCAGACCACCACCUGAGCCCAGCUGAUGGCAAACACAGAGUAGAUGUUGUCUCCCUGGGGCCCCUCUGGCCUGCAUAUUCCCAACCUUCUGAGUUCUGGAAUCGGCUGGCAAGCUUAUCUGGGGAUGAAUAUUUAUAGCAGCAGCAUGCCAGUUUAGGACAGGAGGUGGGAGUUGUCCAACACAUCUGAGACUGAGCCCAGCCUCCUUUCCAGCCAAAAUCUGUUGGGGGAACGACGGUCAGUGCAGACAGGAUUGGGCGCAGACUCGAAGGGAGGCAGAUGCUUGUUUCUUCACUCCUAAAACGCUAAAUUGUUUUCAGCCUUCCAACUUUUAUUUUGCCUUGAUAGAAGGAACAGUGCAGACAGUGCCUUAAAGAAACCUCUCAGUCAGGCUGGGAAUCCCAGCCCCUCAGACUUUCUUGAUGAACUGCUUUGCAGUAUGACACACAGUACAGAUGGGGUUUGUGGUCAGUGGUUACAACUGCCCCUCAUGACUCACUGUCCUCUGUCAACUAGCAAGGCUCCAUAUUCUUGCAAGCUCCCUUUGCUCACUGUAGGGCACUUUUAUUACAAGAGAAAGGAUGGUAAUUCAUGCAUGUUAACAAAAAACAGGAGUCGUGCUAGCAAAAGGAACCCUAAAAGUGACUAUCCUGGAGAGUAAUCCCUAAAGGCUAUCAAAAGCUUAUCAAGUCCUGCUGUUCCUGAAGAUUUCAAAUAAAAAAAUGACUACAAGAUUAAAAAGAAAA